GGCUGUGGGAGCUGUCAAUCAAGCCUUUUGUGCGUCAUUUCCGUUGUCAGGUGGUGCUGUCGCUGUGGAAAGAUGCGAUCAGCGAAGAGCGGAGGCUUUUCCUUAAUUGCUCAUUUCGGCUACCGCGGCUAAACAUCCUGAAACCAACCCACUGUGGUCGUUGUCGUUUGAGCGAAGGGUCCCGCGCACACACCGCAGCGUUUACCCCUCGAAAUGUCCAUGGUGUGACGAGACAACGCAGACUUUGCCCGGCGGUUUCGGCUCGAGAGCUCCAGUAUGUCCAAGAGGCGCUCGUCGGAGAGGGGGGCUGGAGAGACAUCGGGCAGGGCCAGUAAGCUGCAGUGUCCCGGGAUAUCUGGCAACAACGCCAAGAGAGCCGGCCCCUUCAUUCUAGGGCCUCGCCUGGGCAACUCACCCGUGCCCAGCAUAGUGCAAUGUCUGGCCAGAAAGGAUGGCAGCGACGACUUUUACCAGCUCAAAAUCUUGACACUGGAGGAGCGGGUGGAUUCUGCCGGGGAGACGCAGGAGGAGCGGCAGGGGAAGAUGCUGCUGCACACAGAAUACUCACUCUUGUCUCUGCUGCACAACCAGGAUGGUGUGGUUCACCACCAUGGCCUUUUUCAGGACCGAGCCUAUGAAAUCGUGGAAGAUAUAGAAGCCAACAAAAUCCGUAAGAUGAAGAAGCGCAUCUGCCUGGUGCUGGACUGCCUGUGCGCUCACGACUUUAGCGACAAGACCGCCGACCUCAUCAACCUGCAGCAUUACGUCAUCAAAGAGAAGCGGUUAAGCGAGCGCGAGGCAGUGGUCAUUUUCUACGAUGUGGUGCGCGUGGUGGAGGCGCUUCAUAAGAAAAAUAUUGUGCACAGAGACCUCAAGCUUGGAAACAUGGUGCUAAACAAACGGACUCAUAGAAUCACCAUUACGAAUUUCUGUUUGGGAAAGCACCUGGUAAGCGAGGAUGACCUGCUGAAAGAUCAGAGAGGAAGCCCUGCCUAUAUUAGCCCUGAUGUCUUAAGUGGACGGCCGUAUCGCGGUAAACCCAGUGACAUGUGGGCGCUCGGUGUGGUCCUGUUCACCAUGUUGUAUGGCCAGUUCCCCUUCUAUGACAGUAUACCUCAAGAACUCUUCCGCAAGAUUAAGGCUGCAGAGUAUUCCAUCCCAGAGGAUGGCCGUGUGUCCGAGAGCACUGUGUGUCUGAUCAGGAAGCUCCUGGUCCUGGACCCUCAACAGCGGCUCACUGCAGGAGAAGUCCUGGAGUCCCUUAGUGCCAUCAUUGCCUCUUGGCAAUCUGUUUCAUCAUUGAGUGGCCCCCUGCAGGUGGUACCAGAUAUUGACGAUCAGGUCAAUCACGCAGAACAUCUACAGGACGCCAAGGCUAUUGAGGAGUCCUCGCAGUACGAGUUUGAGAACUACAUGCGGCAACAGCUGCUGCUGGCUGAAGAGAAGAACACUAUCCAUGAGGCAAAGAGUUUCCUCAGUAAGCGUCAAUUUGGCAGCAUCCCUCCUGUGAGACGGCUAGGUCACGACGCCCAGCCUGUCAACCCCCUGGACGCUGCCAUCCUGGCACAGCGCUUCCUCCGCAAAUAACCCUCAGAGCCCUCUUUAGCCUCUGGUCUCCAGGCACACAGACUGUGGAGUCCAGAGAGGACUGAGCAGAAUGAGCCCAAAACUAAACAGAGGGCUCUGAAGGGCCACCUAGUCAUCCUGCAGGGCUGUACAUGUGAGGGGCACACAAUGGACAGACCUCUUCAUAUGUGCAGCUGUGCAGGGAAACAUGGAUGCCUGAAGAAGGUUUGAACCAAAGGUUCUGGGCCUCAGCACAGCCACAGUGUCACUGUGCAACGUACCUGGGGACACACGCUCUGCCUGUGGUGACCCUCCCCUGAACACUUCCUCUGGACCCUGCUCAGGGCCAGAACAUGUAGCAGCCCCCUCUCCUGGUGGAUCAUGGUAUUGGAUUUCAGAUGUCACUCCCUUCCUCCUCUGCUCCUCCUUAACAGUCCGGUCCUGUCUGAACAUCAGAUCAAUCUACCUCCGUCUCUUCUCUGUUGGUAAACCAUGUCCUCUGUUUGAGACAGGGGAUUGUAACAACCUGUCUUGAUGCCACCAGUGACAUAAAGCAUUAAUGUUUUCUGUCCAAGUGAUAAUUGUUUGGAACCCUUUUUUGGUUUCCCAAUUUUGAAUAAGCUUUUUUAACACAUUUACCUUUUUGUAGCGUUUUCUCCCUGUCUUUGGCAUUGAAAAUGAGAAUCUAAAAGGCUGUUUACAAGCAUCCUUUUAUUUUCACCAAAGCAUUGUCUCCACGUCUAGCUCAUCCCUGUGUAAAAAUAGCAUCUAGGCAGCUAGUGUGCGGUACCUGGAAACACCACGCCAAGAACUGAAUAGGACAAAACUGUUGGACCUCUUGCCAAGGCAUUUUUAUGGUAUCGCUUCCUCAGUGUCUCUGUAGUGAACAUUGGACACUGUCAGUUUAUAUUGCCAAAAAUCAUGUCUUAAAAGUCCUCUUAGCCAAGGAACUGGUACCCACAGCCUCAUUCAGAAUCACAUGGCUUCCAGGUAUCCUGACUUCCCCGGUCUCUUUCCCUCUCUCUCUAUUCCAGUGGGACAAGUGUUUGAAUGUGAACUGUAUGCUUGGAGAGGCCUGCAGUGUCCACGGGGCCAGGUGAAUUUGGGCCCACUGUCCCUCUAAGCUAUUCUGUGUUAACUGGCCUGCCUUGGUGGCUGUCACUGUGAGAUUCAGAGUAGGCUUUACCAACACAGGGCUUGACUGAAUGUGUUAGCUAUCCAUCAUCAUCAUUCACAAAUGCUAGAAAACAAUCUCAUAACUAUCACCAUUGUUAAGCCCUCACUUGUAUUCCAUACUGUAAGAUCGACAUUGAAAAGAGUUUGUUUUGUUGCAGCAGUGUCUUUUCGAACCAUGGCAAAGCUACUAAGCAGUGACUGUUAGGCAUCCGUGUACUGCAACUGGGCUUUGCGUACUGGUACUAGCUUUAGGCUAUCUACACUUCCUAUUUAUAUUGAAACCAUUGCAUGAACUCUUUCAAAUGUUGACUUCUUUGUAAUUUCAUGUUGAUUUAUUUAUUCAUUCAGUUGUGACUUUUUCUCUUCUAAUCAAAGGGGCUUGUGUCCCAUUGCAGCCAGACAAACCCCUCUAUGAAUGCUUAGCUUUAAAAACAUUUGUGUUUCUAUCACUAUUGAUUUAAAGUAGCAGUCUUUCUCUUAUAAUCAACCUAUUCUUGCCAUUUUGCCACACACACUGGCCCGAUUAAGCUACACUAAUAUUGAGACUGACUUGUGUAUAAAUCUAUUUUUUAAGAAAUGAUACUCUUUAUCUUUGGGGAUUUUGUUCUUAGCAGUUUUCUUUCAUCACUAGGUCCAACUAGAGGCUGUGCUCUCUGGUCAGUAUGUAAAUGACAUCUUUUACACAUUCAGUCGAUAAAUGAAUACAUUGGGAAAGCGUUCUCCCACCACAAUGUGAAGCUAUGGUCAAACAGCAGUAUUGUAGUAGUGUAGGCUCACCAGAGAAGGGUGUUUUUAUUUAAUGUUUUAUUCACCCUGGCAAUCGCUGAAUGCUCACAUUGAACGAUCAUUUGUGAAUGUGGUCUCUUCGGCAUAGUCCUUUGAUGUAAAUUUGAGUAAUCUCUCCCCUUUUAACACGUUUCACAUUGCUAGCUAGUGGAUUGUACCACGUUGUAAUGUUAUACAGAGCUGUGUGGUAGUAGGCCGCAAUGUGGACUGAAAAGCAUGGAAUGUGUGUGAGGUAAAACUGUGUCAAAUGUUGCAUGAUUUAAAACUUGCACGGCUUGCCAGAGCAACCAAUAAGGACUUUUGAGGGAUUUUGCCCUCAAAAUGAAAACUGUAUUCCCUCAAAAUUGGAGUAUGUAAAUUUCAGUUUUUUAUGAUUUUUCUCUCUAAAGUCUCUGCAAGUAACUUAUAUAUUGCUGACUGUUUCUUUAACUGGAAUCCAGGUGUAGGAUAUGAAAUGUGUUGUCAGUGGGAUAAGUGCUGUAAGCUGCUUGGUCAGACACGGGCAUCUAGAUACAUAAAACUGCAUAAUUGUACAGAUAAAUACAGGUUUGUAUAAAAAAACAUAUUUUUGUACUACAUCAGAUCUCUACAUGCAUGUCAGCAAUAAACUUUGAUAUGGAAAACA